AUGGAUGAUCCCAGACUAAAGUUUGACUUCUGUGUUUCGUCUUUCGAAACCAACCCUCUAAGCAAAACUUCUGAUAUUUCCGGACUUGCUGUAAUAUCAAUGGAUUUAUGUUCGAAGAACGCAACUUAUAUUGGUAAAUAUAUUGAUAGCAUCUUGAAGGAUGGAAAAGCAGAACCGUCAGCGAUAAAAAAUCUAAAGGAUUGCAUAGAAUAUUAUUCUUAUGCUUUAGAAGAUGUUCAAGAAGCCAUGAAAGCAUUUAAUGGUAAAUAUUAUAAUGAAGGUAUCGAUCACAUGAAUAAUGCUCAUAUAUGGGCGAAUACGUGUAAACAGGGGUUUAUAGAUCUUGGUGUUGAUUUUAGUCCAUUAAGGAAACAAGAUAAUGAUUUCUUUCAACUAACUAACAUUUCUCUCAAUAUAAUUGCGAUAAUACGUGGUCCUUGA